CUUUGUCUCCCUCUUGUGUUAUUUCAUGCUGACGAAACUUAACAAAAUGGCAGCGCUCAGUGGAACGUGCGUGAGGCAGUGGUUACGAUUUUUGGGUACAAAUGCUGCAAGAACAAGGAGGGUGGAUCACAACAGUAACAGCAGGACUAACUUACCGGCAUCUAAUCAUCAUCUUAGGCAAUUAGUUCGCCCACUAUCAGUGACUUCAGUGGUCAGGAAUGAAGAAAAACAACCCAAUCAGCCGACAGAGAGUGCGAUGCCAUUGGUGGCAAUGCUCCGCGAGGCAGAGGAGAAGGCGAAACGGGAGACAGACGACGACAGAAAGAAGAAGGAGGAGAGAAAAAAGAGAACGGCACGCAUCCAGAAGUGGGCCAUGCGCAUCACGGGAGGAAUGCUUGUUGGAGCAUCACUAUUGACUGUUUAUGAAUUAGGCCAACCUCAGCUAGACGAGCAUGGGAAAGUGAUAGUAGAUGAGUUUGAGGAUGAUUUCAUCGUCUUUGGCUAUUUGAAGAGGGCGUACAGAGAAAUGAACACGUACCGAACGAUGAUUGCAGAACCAUCAGCUGAGAAACUCCUUCCAGAUCCUCUGGUUGAACCCUACUACCAGCCACCUUAUACACUCGUUCUAGAGAUGAAAGACAUACUAGUCCACCCAGAAUGGACGUAUGCCAAUGGUUGGAGAUUCAAGAAGAGACCUGGGGUAGAAUACUUCUUACAGCAGGCUGGACCACCAUUAUUUGAAAUUGUCAUCUACACCUCAGAACAAGGAUUUACUGCAUUUCCCAUCCUGGAUUCCUUAGAUCCCAAGGGUUGUAUCAUGUACAGGCUCUUUAGAGAUGCAACCAAGUAUGUCAAUGGCCAUCACGUCAAGGAUCUGUCAAGUUUGAAUCGUGAUCUUUCUAAGGUAAUCAUUGUUGACUGCAAUGCCAAGUCAUACCAGCUACAGCCUAAGAAUGCUCUGGGUUUGAAGAAAUGGGAAGGCAAUGAUGACGACAGAACUCUCUUUGAAUUAGCUGCCUUCCUCAGAACCGUUGCUGCUAGUGGUGUGGAAGAUGUAAGGACAGUACUGGAAUUCUACCAACAGUUUGAAGACCCGAUGGAAGCAUUCAGGAUUAACCAGGCCAGAUUACAGAGUGAGCAAGAGGAAGAGGCGAAGAGAAUAGCAGAGGCCAAGGAGAAAGGUGGCUCAUCACUAGUAGGAGGUUGGACCAGGGGAUUGAUUGGAAGAAGAUGAAACUCCAUCAAAGUACUAGUGUGAACAAAUCUGUCUUGUCAGCACCUUACUAAUGUGAACAUGGCCUAUCCGUUAUCUCGUCUCUGAUGUUCUGCCAGGAGAAACGCCUCUUUGUACCUCAAUAUGCAGAAUUCAGAUUUUCUUUUUUGUACAGUCAAUGAAUUAAAUAACACAGUACCUAAGAAACUCAUAUUGUAUGUUGAGACCCAGAAUUAACUCUAUAAGGAAGAGUGGGUUAGCAACCUUCUGGCUCAGCUGAUGAGAUGAAGGCAUUUCUGGUUGAUAUAUCAUUAAUAAUAUGGACUCUAUACACAUUAAUAUUAAUAUUAUGUCCAUAUUCCACAUAGGCGUUUUCAGAAUUUGUACUUUUGUCUAAUUAUGUUGUAUUCUGUGACAGUGUUUUCAGUAUAUAUAUCUAUUCUCUAAAUGGUAUAUGUUAUUAAGACCACUGUUAGGGAUUCUAAUUUCAAUUUACAAACAGUCAGGUAAGAAAAUGAACCUAAUCAUUGUGAAAAGAUAGUGUCUAAAUGUUAUACUGUAAAAACAGAAAAUGUCACAUGCAUGAAAGUUUCAUGCAGGGAAUUGGUAAAUAGAUUUAACUCUAUGAAAAAGAGUUAAUCACAAUUUGCACAACAUUAGAUUUUUGCAAAUGGCGAAUGUUUCUUAAUUCUUACCAUGAAAAUGGCAGUCCUUCAAAUAGCAAUUGUCAAGUUCCAUGUCGAGACAGUUUCUGGCGAUACUCAGUACUUUAUAAUAUGUCUUUUUCAAGCAUUGGCUUGUUUUCUCAUCUAGUGCCAAGAUGCCUGAUGAGGAUUUUCAAACAUGGACUGUGGUAGAUAAAGUUAUUUGAUUUCUUACUACUCUCUUCAAGAAAGUAGUCUUUUAUAGUCUGCUCUUUAUAUGAUAUUUGCAUAAAGAAAAGUAUAAAGGAUCAUUGUGAAGCAAAAGGAGGAUUUACAGACUAGUAAACUUCAUCCUAUAAAUGAAACAUUGUAGAAAGAAACCAAUUUUGAAGAGAUCCAGUGACGUGACAGGUGGCCAAUCGUCAUUCCUCACCUUAACUGUAUAUCCCGCCCUCUUAGACAAUGUUUGUACACUAUGAUGUUCAAACCAGACCCUGAUUAUCAAGUUUUCGUUUGAACGAUGCUCAAAUAUGCAUUUUGCUUUACAUUCUGUUAUACAACGUUCAGGACUACCAGAGUUCAUUGUAUCCCUAUAAGAGAAUCGUAUAGAUUUAUGAUGAACUGUGAGCGCUGGGUAUGAAAGUAUGUGUAUAUUUAUUUCUUGGCCAUCAAUCAUCAUGCCAGCCUUUUCUUUGCUAACAGGAAGAGUUUGGUUAUAAGGAUAGGCAUCUUCAGUAUCAAGGUCCUGUCUUCAUUUGCCAGAGGUUUCAAAAUACCAUUGCCCUUGUGAUAGUAGUAACUCUAUUCCAAGCAAACUAAGAUUAGUGUGAAAUAGCCUGCUCAUCUGGUGAAGAUGCAUGUGGAGUAUGGCUCGACUAGGGCUAAUGAAGUGAAGAUUGGACACUCAAACCCUGCAGGCCUGCAUUAUUUUCUUGAGAAGCCAUUGAUUAGUUUAAUAUCUCAAACUUGAGCUUGCUAUGUGAGUAAAAUUCAUGUUUGAUAUGAAUGAGUGAGCUGGUACUGUCAGCAUUUGUAUUUUCGUAUUGGGGAUUUUUAUAACAGGAUCAUUUUGAAUAUUUUUAGGACAAUUUACUUUAACUUUUACUUAUGCUCUUGGUAAAAUAAGAGAAAAGAAAAAUUACAGUGGUCAUUUGGAUUUGCUUUAAUUCAUCUUCUAUUUGUUCUUAAUAUCACUUAGGGAAAAUUAGAUUUGUUCAUUACUACAGUCAAUUUCAUCCCAUUUUGUGAAUGCAUUUCAACAUGAGCCUUUGACCAGUUUGCAGGCAAAAUCUUAAAACCAAACACUUCGAAUUUUCAUUUAAAAUGCACUUUAUGAUUUUAUAUUUAUCUUCUCAUUAUGAGGAUGGGGUUAAGGACAGUUGUAUGAUUGGCUGAAAUCUGCUUCUACAAUAAUGACGUUUUGAAGCAAGUGACUCAAAACAAAAUGGAGGCUAUUCAGUCAUUUAAUUCUACAAUUGUCCUAUGAGUAUUAAAGACAAAUGUGAAUUUAUUAUCAAGUACAGUUAUAUUGUGAAAAAUAAUUGCCAUUGAUGAACAUUACUGCACUUAUUAAUUUUCUUUUAUGUAUAAAGAAAUGAUAUUAAAUAGAACUUACGUAUUCUGGCAGCUUUUUUUUACAGUGAGAAAUAUAAGAAUUAAACAGAUAUCAAAAUAAAUGUAAAAAGAUCAGUUUA